AUGAACUUUGACCUUCGACUUGGCCGAGAACUCGGUGAUGGAUCGCAAUCUGGCCCGAGGGCUGGUGACUACCCACAACCGCCAGAACUUGAAUUCGAGUUUAUAGAUGAUACAGGAGCCGAGAGGAUGACUAUCUACAAAAAUGACCUACGUGCACUACAAGGACCAAUCCCAGCCGCACAAUGGCCAUGGGAACAGUUGAUGGGCGUGACGAUCGUAUUGGAUGCGAACCUAGGCAGCUCUAUGCAGCCAGAGUUUCUCAUCGAGGCCAACUUUUUCGAUACGCCAAAGAGUAACCCACAUAGGAGAUCUCUUCUACACGACUGGAUUCCAGUCUUUUGCAGCGUUAAUAUGGAUCAUGAUUUUGUACAUGAAGGAGACACAGACAGACUCUCUGGCCAUUGGUUGCGUCGGGUUCUUUACUUCGCCACAGCACCAGAGGGUCCAAAGGAGAGAUCCUGCUAUAUCAGUACCCAUAAAAGUAAUCUGUUGAGACAGGCGCCAGAUAUCAUGCCUCAAAACCCGCAACAAAUCGAAGCUCAAUGGAAGAUCAGGCAUGAAUUGCACGCGACACAAGCAGCGGGCUGGAUGAACACUGAUACAAAAGGAGUAAAAAAGGUAGUACCCUUGCAGAUGGCAUUUGUGCGAUAUCCAGGUGGACCAGGACAAGGAUUCCCAAUCCCUAGAGCCGAAUGGGAUCCUGACUCCAACGCAUAUUAUGAGGCAGAAGAUUCCGACGAUGCGGGAGCUGCAGGUACUUUGUGA